UGAAUCCAUCAAUCAACUACUGAAAAAUCCUCCAUCAAACUACCUUCUUACGAGCAAUUUCUGACCGGAAAAGCCGAAGGGGUCGAUGGCCGUGGUGGUGCAGUUUCUGGUUAGAAAGUUCGUUGAUAGCCUUGCGGAGGAGGGAGACGCGGAGCUCCCUUUCAGCUCCCACUUCUACGACAUGAGGGCCGGGUUGGAGAAGGCAGCCACUUCUUCCACCAACACCGAUGAGCUCCGAGAGUGCAUGUACGAACUCAAUAACCUGCUCUCGCAGUGCCGCAUGCUCACCAACCGGCCAAUCACGCGGAGCUGCUACUUCUCCCCCUCCGAAGCGUGGCUUUCCAACAAGGUCAAGCAGCGGGUGAUCGCCGUGAAGCGCAGAGUCCUGCAAUGUGUCCAGAACGACGACCCCAACGGCGAUGCUACAGCCUCGCCGGAGGAGAAUGCCACCACCGCUGGGUUCAGCCGGUGGAGUACUUCUUGGGUUGAGCAGAGCAGGGUCUACGGGUUCGACCAACAGCUCGCGGAGCUAGAGUCCAGGGCGUUCGGGAACAGCAGCCCCGGACGACUUACCGGCGUCGGCAUCGUCGGCAUGGGCGGCAUCGGGAAGACUGCACUCGCGCAGCUCGUGUUCAACAGCCCGUUGGCCAGGCGCCGCUUCUUCCCCAGGAUCUGGGUGUGCCUGUCGCGCACCUCUUGCAUUGGCAAGGAUGUGCGCAAGGAAGUCUUGCAAAGCAUACUUAUGGCCCUCGGACUCGAAGAGGAGUUCAUAUUGGCCAUUGAUAGCCUGGGAGACCUGGAGUUAGCUGUCCAUGAGCAGCUCAAGGGGAAGCGGUACCUCAUAGUAUUCGAUGAUGUCUGGAACAUCGACGACUGGUACGCCAACGUUGCAGGCCAUGCAAAUGCCUUGUCGAGGGGCGAACAAUUGCCGAACGGCCUUGUGCUCGGGUUGCCCAAAGAGAGAGGUGGAGUUGUGGUCGUUACCAGCCGGCAGGAGCAGGCAGCAGAGAUGAUGGUGGGGAAGGGUAGUGUGUACCGUGUGCAGCCACUGGCCGACAGAGAGAGCGCCUGGGCGAUCUUUAUGGAUGCACUGAAUAAGGAAAGACAGCCAAUCGAUCUCGCAGCUAUUAACGACCUGAAAGAGGAAAUUCUUCAGACCUGUGGUGGGCUACCGUCAAUGGCCAAGGCAAUGGCAGACAUCUUCGCAAAAAGUCUAACGUUACCAGCAUCAACUUCUAGCCAGGAACUUAAGCUUGAGUAGUGGAAAUGUAAGGCAGGCAAUAUGCCUGUCAUGGACCAAAAA